AAAUAUCCACUUUCUGGACCCAAUUUAUCAAAGAAAACAGUUCAAAGCCCAAAAACCCUUAAAAAGAAGGAACCUCAAAUCUCCAUUAUCCUAUCCGUUAACUCCAGUCACUCCUGUAAUCCAAAAACACCAACCUUGAACCUCCUCCAAUGGCUUCUCUCCUUUCUCUCUCAUCAACCCCUCCUUCCACUGCAAAUUCUAACAACUACCCAUCUUCUACUUUCAAAGGAAACAUCAACAAUUUCAGAAUAAACCCAUUCAAUUUUGCCCCACUUAAACUCCAUUUGAGGAACAUCGUCAAAAAGGAAAGCACCCGUCUUGUAGUUGUAGCUUCUGCUUCUUCUUCAAAUGUGAGUCCGAGUAUUGGGUCGGGUUCAGAGACCAGGUUCAGGCUAGAUAACCUCGGACCACAACCAGGUUCGAGGAAGAAGGGGAAAAGAAAGGGAAGAGGUCAUGCUGCCGGUCAGGGAGGAAGCUGUGGGUUUGGAAUGCGGGGUCAGAAAUCGAGGUCUGGUCCUGGUAUUAUGAGGGGUUUUGAAGGUGGUCAGAUGCCCCUUUAUCGCCGAAUUCCCAAAUUGCGUGGUAUUGCUGGAGGAAUGCGUGCUGGCUUGCCGAAGUAUGUUCCUAUUAACUUGAGAGACAUAGAGGUUGCUGGAUUUAAGGAAGGUGAAGAAGUAUCGCUAGAAUCCUUGAAGGCAAAGGGUAUAAUCAAUCCAUCAGGGAGAGAAAGAAGGUUGCCAUUGAAGAUUCUUGGUGAAGGAGAAUUAAGCACGAAGCUGCAAAUAAAGGCACGUGCUUUCUCAGGAUCAGCAAAAGAAAAGCUCGAGGCUGCAGGCUGUUCUGUCACAGUACUACCUGGAAGAAAGAAGUACAUCAAAGAAUCAGUAAGGAAGAACCUUGCUCGUGCUGAUGAAUACUUUGCAAAGAAACGAGCUGCGUCUGCCAGCGAAGCUGAGUCUGCUUAAAUUUUAUAUUAGUGAUACUUAAGAUCAUCAAAAAUGUAUGUAAAGUGUAUCCCAUUCAUUUUUGUUCUCUAAUGGUUUGUUGUAGAGCUCUUUAUUUCUUUUACCCCAGGAUUUGAGGUUUAAGGUGUAAUCAUUAAUUUGCAUAUUUUGCUCAAGUAUCACUCCAUUGAUUGUGUCUU